GGCGGAAGUGGCGACGCUGGCAUCCCAGGAGCUCCCGGCCGGCGGCAGUGACGGCCCCGGCGCUGACGGCGGCGGCCCGGGGGGCGGCGUGGACGCCCGCGGCGCCGGCUGGGGCAUCACCGCGGGCCUGGACCCCGAAAUGGCACUGCUGGCCGAGCACCUGCUGAAGCCGCUGCCCGCGGACAAGCAGAUCGAGACCGGGCCCUUCCUGGAGGCGGUGUCCCACCUGCCGCCCUUCUUCGAUUGCCUUGGCUCCCCGGUGUUUAUGCCCAUCAAGGCAGACAUAAGUGGCAACAUCACGAAAAUCAAAGCUGUGUAUGACACCGACCCAGCCAAGUUCCGGACCCUGCAGAACAUUCUGGAGGUGGAGAAAGAGAUGUAUGGAGCAGAAUGGCCCAAAGUGGGGGCUACGCUGGCACUUCUGUGGCUGAAAAGAGGCCUUCGCUUUAUCCAGGUCUUCCUGCAGAGCAUCUGUGAUGGGGAACGGGACGAGAACCACCCCAACCUCAUCCGCGUCAAUGCCACCAAGGCCUACGAGAUGGCUCUUAAGAAGUACCACGGCUGGAUCGUGCAGAAGAUCUUCCAGGCAGCGCUCUAUGCUGCUCCCUACAAGUCUGACUUCCUGAAGGCGCUGUCCAAGGGGCAGAACGUGACGGAAGAGGAGUGCCUGGAGAAGAUCCGCCUCUUCCUGGUCAACUAUACGGCCACCAUCGAUGUCAUCUACGAAAUGUACACCAAGAUGAAUGCCGAGCUCAACUACAAAGUGUAGGCGCCGCUCACCUGGAACAGGCUAUCCUGAAUCACUGUGAAUCAAGCCAGCCCAGCCCCCAGAGCCACCCCAGGCCAGCCGGGGCCCUCAGAGGGGGUGGCCCUGGUUUUUCUGUGGUUGUUGUUUUGUUUUUGAAAUCAUGUUUUGGGGCCCAUCCUAAUGAAGCAAUAGAUACCCAUCUUCCUUCCAACUUGCCCUUGACUUUCACAACGAUGCAGACCAGCAUUCUUGUGUGGUACGCACCAAUUAACGUUGCUAAUAAAUUGACUCCUAGGGUUUUUUGGGGGGUUUUGGGGGUUUGAUUUUUCCUCCCAACCCAGAAUCCAAGCUGAAGAUCAAGCAAACCUGGCACCCUUACAAGGAUCUAGCCUCAUGAUGUUUUGUAUUAUUUUAAGGACCAUGAACAGGUUUGAUUGGAAAUCACGUAGGUUUUUUUUUUUUUCCCACAAAAACAGACUGUGUGUCCUCAUGAAGUAUGUAGCAUGCACAGUCCCAUUUCUAUAAACCCUACUCCCUCUGUCUUCCCAGAGAGCUUUUUCUUUUUUUAAAUGGCUGAAAGCCACCAGCAAGCCUUUUCCAGCAAAUGGCCAUACCUGACUGCGUUCUUCAGGGUCAGCUUUUCUAGCCUCAGAGACCACCGACCCGGGACUCCUGUGGAGGAAGAAUGUGGGCCACCAGCUGCAGAAACCCAAGAAACCACCUCGCUGCCUUAGAACUCUUCCUGGCAAUAAAGAGAGCUGUUUGGUUUUUUUUCUCUUUUCUUUUUCUUUUUUUGUAUCGGGGAAAAUAAAGUAACCCCAAAAGAAUUGAUGUGGUUUUUUUUAAAAAACAAAAAACAAAAACCCAAUGAGGAACAAUUGGUGAUUUUUAUGCAGAAACUAAAUAAUUCUUAACAAAUAAAUCUAUAUUUUGGAAUCA